GGCCGAUUUAGUGUUGCCAAUCAACCUAUCCCCAGGUGCAUGUCUUUGGAAGUGGGAGGAAGCCGGAGGGAACCCACGCAGUCACGGGGAGAACAUGCAAACUCCACACAGAAAGAUCCCGAGCCUGGAUUUGAACCCAGGACUGCAGGACCUUCGUAUUGUGAGGCAGACGCACUAACCCCCUCUGCCACCGUGAAGCCCAGGUGUUGGAACUAAGCGCUGAUGGCAGGUGCACAAGAGAGCCGCCAGUCCCCGAAGGACGCCAUCAAGUUCUCCAUCAAGAACCUGCUCAGCACGGAGGACCACAGGAGCCCAGGAUGCAGGCCCAAAAGCUCCGUGCAGGGCGGCCCGUCCAAGGGGCUUCUGGAGGGAAGCUUCUUCUCCCGGCUCGCCGACUUGUCUCUGCCGGGCUUGGAGCUCCUGCCCCCGCCGCGGCUCGGCCUGUCCGCGGCCCCUUGGUGGUACCCCUACAGCCUCGGUGCUCAUCUCAAAGCUGCAGGCUCAGACAAGGAGCAAUUGCUGCUGCACGACAGGCGCACCCCUGACCCCCCCAAGAGUGACCCCAAAGAAGAAAGCGCAGAAGACGAUGAAAGCGACCUCGACGAAGCCAAGACGAAGGACCCGGAGGACGACUGGACGAGGAAGCCUCAUGACGACGAUGCCGGCGACCCCUUGGACUCCGCGGACAAGAAGCCGUGCAGGAAGAAGAAGACCCGCACCGUGUUCUCCAGGAGUCAGGUGUUCCAGCUGGAGUCCACCUUCGACAUCAAGCGCUACCUGAGCAGCUCGGAGAGGGCCGGCCUGGCCGCCUCGCUGCGCCUGACCGAGACCCAGGUCAAGAUCUGGUUCCAGAACCGCAGGAACAAGUGGAAGAGGCAGCUGGCCGCGGAGCUGGAGGCGGCCAACAUGAGCCACGCCGCGGCACAGAGGAUUGUGCGGGUGCCGGUGCUGUAUCACGACAACGGAGCACCGGAGAGCGGCGGCAGCCCGGCUGCAGGCUCCCCCGGAAACCAGACGUCUUUUUUGGCCUUUUCCCACCACAUGUACUAUCCACAUCCGCUCCCACUACUGAGGCCUGUCUGACACUUUCUAUAUCAUCCUUUAAUGUGCUCUUCCUUCAUCUUUUUCUUGUUGUUGUUGUUGUUAUUUGUCAUGAAAUGCUCCAAAGUGCUUGAAUAUAUUUUCAUGUGCAAAAUUGUACAUAAUGUA